UUACAACUGUAGGUAUUUUAGGGUUUUUCCUAGCUUCAGUUUCGGUUUUCCAUAGGGUUUCCGGACUCUCUUGGUUGCAGAGGUUAUGGAUUAUACUUUAUUUGUCGUAUCUGCAGUAUGGAUUAUGUGCAAUACAGUUGUAUAGUUUCGACAUAUUAAAAGAGAACUGUUAUAAUUAAGUAACGUAAACAGAAUUGAUAGAAAAAAUAAAUGGGGAACAAUAGUACCACAUAUGCCACAGUGGAACUAGUCAGAUCAGAAGAUGCAGUAACUUUUCGAGAGGGGUUAGACGGACCAGAAGAGGCUGUAACACAACGAGAGGAGGAACAUGAUCCAGAAGAGAGAGUUACUAUAAUGGAAGAAUCAGAAAGUAUCAGCAACAACAAACAAGUAAUCGAAAGACAUACUGAGCAAAAAAGUACAGGAGCAAACAUAAAAGGCUGUGACAUUCGUAAUGUAUUGAUAUUGGCUUUAGCCGUUGUUUUUCUAGUGGCAGCGUCAGCAAUCAUCACAUAUUUGGCAAAGCGAAAUCCCGAAUCAAAAGAAAGUUCACCGGCAGCACAAUCGUGGAAGUUUAGUAAUGACGUCAUAGAUUUACGUAUAAGUGCAGAGAAUAGUUCGUGUGAAGGACCUUCAUGCAUCAUCUGUAAAACAGACGUUAUGCCUCAUUUUGAAGCGUUUCAUUGUGCUGAAUCUGAUCCAAAUGUAAAGAAUGGCUCUUGUUUCUUGUGCGGAGGAAAGUGCAUGCCACUUCAGAGCUUACUGGACAAGGUGAAACAAAAUGCGACACGUGUGUGCAAGAAACCAAGAAUUGAAUUAACUUGUUGUAUACUCGCAAUCAUGGGUAAGUUCGCACACUAUUGCGGAAAAGAAGGACAGUAUCUCUGCUACAACGAGACAGUACACGACUAUCAUAACCAGUCAGUACACGAACCUUUAUGUUGGUGCCCGUCUGGAAAUGUGUCAGAACACUGUAAUAAACCAUAUACUGAAGCGGCUGAUUGCAGAUGUUUUAAAUCCACGCGGAAGUUUUGUGGUCAAGAGCAAAUUACACAGUGUGACAAUGUAAAAGCAAAUUGGUCGACAUGCCAUAUGAAUAGAACAGAAUUAAACGAACAAUACAACUGUCUUUGUAAUAAAUCAACAGGAACAGAAGACCAUUCUACACAGUGUACAUGAUCUGAUUCUGAUUCUGAUAGUACGAAAGAUCUUGGUUGAAGGAAAACAACUAAAAACCUUUGUAAACAAAAUGUAUAUAAAUGGGACGUAGCAACUACGUAUAUCAAUUAUCAGUAAAAAUUGUCAACAUAUGAUACGGAGGAAGAAAAUGGUCAACAUAUGCUACGGAGGAUGUAAAUCUGGUUUGACGGACAAAAGCAGCUGACAAUGACACAAUUUUUGACAAUUUGAAUUUACAUUCCGACUAAAGUCUACAGUAAUAUAAUUGCUUCUAUCUGCCAACAGAUUUUACGAGUCGUUUUCAACGGAAAACUUGGAGGACGAGGGUAAAGUACCGUAAAGAUUGAUUCGUUUAAGACUACCAAUGGUUGUGAUAAUUGCCAUUGGUUACGGUACCCUCUUUAAUGUACUUCGGCGUGUGGUGAUGACUGGAUUUAAGAAUUCUGCAAGACAAUGCAUUACAUUUAUAUUCACAUUAGAAAUACUAUCAUAAUGACAAAGAGGAAUUGCGGUGGAUGGAAAAUGAUGUAAUAAUACUUCAUGUACAUAAUACGAUAACUAGCAUAAAUUAUUAUAGAAAUGCUUAAAAUUGUGCGUACGGCCAAUAUUAUUUCAAACGAAACAAUAUACUGCCAGUAGCUUCUUGAUAUUGAUAUACAAACGCUUUAUAUAAAUGAUUUUUGUUCUGAGUGUCAAUUCAUUUAGAUAUCAUGAAAACUUAUGACUACUGUUACAAACGGAGUAAGAAAAAAAGAAAAAAAAAGUUUUGUUUGGUCACAAUUAAGCCGAGUUGUAUUGCUAUUUGGAUGUUGACAAGAAGUUUGUUUAAGUAUAAAACCAGUCGAAUUAUUUGUAUAAACAGAAAAGAGGAUUUUCAAAUGAAAAGCACGUAUCUCUUUAUAGGCUAAACCGAGUGAGCAACCUUUUUUUUAGAUUUUGUUUCAUUUAUUGUGACUUGACACACUGAAUUUUCAAGAAGUGUUUGUGUGUGUAUUUAAGUUUCAUGUGAAGUAUUUGUGGAUGCAUAAAUAUAAACAGCAGUUUGUCGUAUUUGAUGAAGAUGAAGAUUUAUAAGUUUAUUGAAUAUCCUUGCCACAAUUACAAAUGCUAAUGUUAAACUGAGGUACCAUUAAACUCUUUUUUUUUGGUCAGAAGUUAUUAUUUUAAGAAAUACAAUAUUUGCAAGCAACCCGUUUAAGAUUAGAAGAAAUCAUAGUACAUGUAUUAGCAGAAGUUUGUCACUACGAAGCAACAUUUAUAAAGCUUAGAAGUUCUUUCUGUUUCGUUUGAAAUAAUAUUGGCCGUACGCACAAUUUUAACCUUUAGCCUGCUGGCGACAAGUGACUCUGCCUUUUUAGCCAGUACAGACCAAGAUCAGCCUGUGCAUCCGUGUAGGCUACUCACGGUCUGCAGUGCUCACUAUUUCAGUGAACACCCCUUUGAAUAAUAAGUGGUACUGCCUAAUUUGAAUGAUGGACCAGUCUAUUUUAGACAUUCAGCCGGGUAAUGGAUGAAUAAUUUCGUUGCAUAUCCCUAGUGGAAAUCAAAAGACGACGUGUUCGCCUCUAUAUUGAUUACACCUGUUUCCGCGCAUUGAAACUAUAAGCCUGAGCAGCAGUCCAGUAAGUAUUUCUUUCAUCCUGAAAUGAAAAGGAAGCGAAAUUAGGUAAGACUGGUCGUUUGUCUCCCCAGAAUUCCUCUUGGAGUCGUAUUUAAUUCUAACCUCAUCAAUAUAUGUAAUAAAAGGCCGAGUUCUCUGUUUAAUGCAGUGUACGAGAAUUCAAAAUUAUGCCAAUACCCAUAAACGCAAGCUAUGUGUUUUCUCUGAUGUCUUUAAGAAACAUGUUUUGUUUUCGCAUUUAAUUUAGCGUUUAUGAAUGAAACAUACAGGAAGACAGGAUAUGAAAAAGAUGAAUAGAAAUACGAAUGUAGUUCGUUUGAGUUCUGAAGAAUUUGUGCUGUUUUAACUUUUUUAAAUAUUACACCUAUAUAACAAAUUGUAUUGAUUUGCUUUAUCCUAUGAUGAAUACAAAAUAAGUGUUAUUGGCAAACUGACUGAAUGUAUGCCGUGUUUGGCUAAUGUGCUAUGUAUUUUGAGAAGUUCUAUUUAUUUAUCCCCGAUGAAAUUAGCACUUUUAUUUUUUUUUCUAUUCAAUGACUGAAAUGAUAUAUACUGGAAAUUUUUAUAAUUGGAAGCCAUUUUAAUGGUACCUAUAAUAGGGCAGGGAACCAAAGUAGGAACCAGACUGCAUUUAACGUUACUUUUUUAUGUUGAUUUCUUUAUAAAAUCUAUACAGCAAAACAAUAAAAUGUGAAUGAGAUUUAACAGAUUGUGAAUCAAGAAAAUUGAAUUUCUAGGGGCAAAGCUUUGAGUAGACCCUUCUUGACGAAAAUUCUUUGAUGAUGCUGACAACGCGUACGCUUAAAAAACAGAAUAGCUUUGUAUAAAAAGAAAACCAAAAAAAAGAACAGUGUCCAUAUUAAUAAUGAAUGUGUAUAUAGUGAACAUACAGCCGUACAUAAAGGUGCUAUUUGCUUAAUCUAUGAUAUAUUGCUGUACAUAAUAUUGUAAUUGUUGUUUUGGUCUUGUCUUUUUAGAAAAUAGCCACCAUUUUUUAUAUGAUUUUCUAUUUGUCAUACACUUUUGGUCAGCGAUUCAGUGAAUUUUAUGUAACUAGGACCUCACAAAUGGCAGUUCUGGUCUGAGGAUUAUGCAGAUUUCUUACGUCUGUCGUGGAUUCGAAAUAUAUGAACAGAAAUGAUAUACACAUAUAAUUAUGUGAAAUAGAAGAUUGACACAGCCAUGUCAGUAUUGCCAGAUCUAGCUACCUGUAAUAAAUUGUUUGAGAUUCGUUCUGCUUAGGGUUACUCUGCUAAUUGUCUCAUGUGAUGUGUGCUGGAGAGUCUCAAACAGUACAAUUUUAAAGUCAGAGUGAGGCUAUAUUCAGUUCCAAUGUUUAUGAAAUUAAAGUUACACUUCCAGCUCAGUUGUUGAAGCUGUGUGAUCUAAAACGGCUGAUGAAAAUUGAUAAAAUACACUUCUUUCUGUUGCGAAAAUCAUAAUAUUCAUAUGUUUAGCUUGAAGAAUUUUAAACUGCUUGCAGUGUGGACUUCUGUGGCAAAUUUCCUGUAUGUAAACUUGGUUUUAGAUUACUUAUUUUCAUAAACAUUCUUUGUAAAUUUUGUUUAUAACAUUUAGUGUUUGAGUUUUAGACAUCACUCAUUUACAGUGCAAUUUGUGUUGCUGUUUAAGUUUAAACAGACAUGUUUAAAUCAGUACUUAUAUCAGUUUAUUUUGCAUCAUACAUUUUCGGUCAGAUUUUCAUUGCUGUUUUAAAACUGUUAAAACUUCUGAACACAUUACAUUUUUAUCAAAACUGUUUUUUCAAAAGGAUAAAAUGUGAAAUGUUUGCAGGUUUAAUUCCUUACUUGCCAUGGUGAGUUCCAAAUAAAAUAUCUGUAACAAUAUCGUAAGACUGGUGCACACAACUAGCAUAUGGUGAGCGACAUUGUUAUCGCUCAAAGUCCUGAUUUUGUCUGUCUGUCAAUCAUUUUCUUCAAGCAACACCUUUUAGAAAAAAAAUGUUGCAGCAUGUGGUUUCCUUAUAUGACCCUCUUUGAAAGUUGUCCAUACUGUUCUGCUUAUUAAAAAGAUAUUAAAUAAUGAAAAAUA